AUGGUGGAGGCAGAAACACAGGAGGGAGACGGGAAGAGAGCCAAGGAUAAAUCUGUGCCCCAGACCGUAGUGACAACAGAGCCCUGGCAGCGGUUGGAGACCCCUGCUCUAGAUGCAGGACCUCUAGCUGGAAGUCCUCUAGAUACGGGUCCUCUAGAUGCAGGACCUCUAGAUGCAGGUCCUCUAGCUGUGGUCCUCUCACUGCGGUCCUCGGGCUGCAGAUCCAGCGCUCCCCGCUUGUUCCCUGGCCCGUGCCUUAAUGAGCAGUGGAGGAGGAGGAGAGCGGAUAAACAGCCACAGCUCCGCGAACAUGGCCGCUGUAGCUGUCCCUCUGUCCCGCUGACAGCUCCAGAGCCUCCGGGGGGACACCUCCACACUCUCACCCGGGCUCUCCCUGCUCCCAUGGCCCGCUACAGUCGCUCCACACACCGCUUACACCCAGUGCGCACGGACCAGGGGGGGGCAGAGAGAGAGCUGCCGCUGUGGGAGCAAGGGGGCCCGGGUGGGGGGCAGGGGGGGACGGGGGUUUGGUGUGUGACAGUGGGAGAGAGUCGAACUGUUGUGGAGAAAUUGGCUCCUAAAUCACCGAGUUUGUUGUUGGCACGUCAGACCCGCGCGUCCAGGGCCAUGACACCUGUGCGCCACUUCCGCCCCGAGCUUUUCACAAUUAAACCAGGAGAGACCACGGAUCUACAGGGAGACACGAGCUGA